CCUCCGGCGCUUAGUUUGGCUCAGUUCCGCGGUGUGCACGGUGCCGGUCUCGUCUCCUUUAUCCCUUCGCAUGCGCGAGUGCCGUUGUAGCCACCCCCUCCCAGCCCGCUGAUGCGUAUCGCCAGCUGGCCGAGAAGACGGCGGGAAGGUGGCGCGUGUCCUAGAUGCUUCCUAAGUGAUUCGACGCCUUGUUUUCGUAAUCGCUUGUGAGUGAUACGUUAGCACCAGUCAGCCAGCAUGGGAUAUUAUCCGAAAUGUUGUUCUUUGCUAAUGUCAUUCCUCUUGGUUAUCGCUUACUUUCAAGCGUCACUACAGCUUGCUAUUAAGAAAGUCAACAUCCCUGAGGGGGUAAAAGUUGGAGAAGAGUACGUUAUUCUCGAUUGUGAUUACGAUCUUGGAAACACGUCGACCAAAGGCCUCGUAGUCAAAUGGUAUUUGAACAAUUUCGAUCUAGUAUAUCAAUGGAUUUAUGGUUCGGCACCGCAGGCUAUAGAUCCUGCAUCGAAAUAUAUCGAUCUCCAUUAUAAAGCUAGUCACGAUCCUAAUACCAUGUAUCGAGCUAUGAAGCUGAAACAGCCAGAUAUCGAUCUUAGUGGAAACUACACAUGCCUCAUUUCUACAUUCGAAGACGAAACUUCCGCCAAACGUCCGAUGACAGUUUAUUCGACAGGACGAGAAGAUGAAUUCAAAUUGUGGCAUACAAAAAAGAUUAUCUCUGAUAUAGAUGAAAGUAUAGAAGUAACGUGUCAAGCUGUCGGUCUCUACCCUAAACCCACCCUUGAUAUAAUCAUUGAAGAUUAUUCAGACUUUAAAUCACCAAGACCAAUAAUUACGGAAACAGAGGAUGGACAUUAUAAUAUUGUUACGUACCUCACCCUUGACAAUGAUGACCUUCCAGAUUCAGUUGUUAUUAAUUGUAUUUUAGGAAUUCCAAAUGUAAAUUACAAUGCAACAAAAAAACUGGUUCAUUAUACAGCAGGAAGGCCUACUACUCUCACUGCAAUUGCCAUUGGUGGCACAACGAAGCUGCUACGAAAAAUGGAGAUCCAGGCAUUAGAUAUUUCACAAGCUGACGCUAGCAAUGGUAGUGGUAACUCAGCCGAGCAAAAGAGGAUAAACUUUUAUCUCAUGUUACUGACUGCUGCAAUUUUUAUUUAUAUCGAUUAGGAGAUGUCGAAAUAAAACUUUUUGUUAAUAUUGCAAUGUCUAAUUUAAAAUGGGCUUUAGUUAAAUAUGAGCAACAUGUCUUUUCGUAGCAGUCCACUCAUCAAAAACAUAUUUAGGAAAGCGUAGAAUGAAAAAUAUUCAUUGAAGUUGUCAGUCAAAUCAUCAUCGUUUAUAUAAAUUGUAUAUAAUGUAAUGAGGCGCCUGUGAAUAUGUAAACAAGCAUUUUUAAUUCAUUUAUAAAUAUAUAUUCGAGUGGUAAAGAAAUAAAAUAAAUUAGAGCAUUAGAUGAUCGGGUAUGAUUAAGUAGAAAUUACAAAAUAAUGAAAAGUAGCACCUUCUUUUAUACAGUGAUGCGACAAUAUAUUUAAA